CAAAAUUUCCCGCUUUUUCAAAUAAGCUCCCCCUAUUCUCCUCGGCACAAACAAAAUUUCCGAAGCUACUCUUCACAGAUUGAUUUGACAUUGCAUAAAAUUGCCGGAAAAUGCCGACGUGGCAGUUGUACUCCGCCGCCGGGAAUGAUUUCCGAUGGAAAAUCUCCGAUGAAGAGACUAAAAUCGAAGAGUCGAGCUUAGCCCUAGCAGCUCCUCAGCAGCUCCAAUCCAUGGCCGACCUCUUGCGUCAAGGAAGAUCGAAAUUAGCGGGGAGUAGUGAUACAAGUUUCACGGCGAAUUUUCCAGUUUUUCGAACUGGAUCCGGGAAGCCUGUGGCAGUGAAGCAGUCUUCGAUAUCAAGAGCUCUUUCGAUCCUUAAUGAUAAAAACAAUGUGGUCCGGGACACAGGACAAGGGAUUGGAAGAGAGAACAGUUUUGCCUUUCAGGAAGCUGCGUUCCAGAAAGGCUCAGGGAAAGCUCUUAAUGCUCCAGAAUCUUUUUUCCUUUCUGGCUUGGAGAAACAAUUUAACACGUCGAACUCAAUGUUCCAGACAGGCUCUGGUAAAGCAGUUAGUAUAUCUUCCGCAGGUCUUAAUAGGGCCAAGGCAUUGUUGGGCUUGGAAGAAAAUGGUGACAGUGAAACAUUUCAAGGUUCUGAAAAGAAAAAUCGAUCUUCAGACGAGCGCUUUGGGUUUCGGAGUUCAGUUCCUUUCGUGGCAGUAGAGGGGAUUGCUAACACAUGGUCUACUAAAGCUUCAGCAGCUUCACUGUCUCCGUUUGAUGUUAAACUUAACUCCUCAGUUUGUGCAGCGGAGGAGUUAGUACCAGAUUUUCUGCAUCGUGCAGAUAAACCUCCUCCGAUAAAGUUUCAUACUGCUGGUGGUAGAUCAAUAUCAGUUUCUUCUGAGGCAUUGAAACGUGCAAGGAGUCUGCUUGGAGAUCCAGAGCUGGGAUGUCUUGUAGAUGAAAAGGAUGUGGUUGAUCCAUUGUUUUCUUUUCCAAAAGACCACAAAUAUGUUGAUCACUCCUCCAUUAAAGAAUUAAACUCAGAUACUCCUGUUUCCCUCUUAUCGGCAGCAAAAGGCAGUGGCUCGUCAAGCCUUUUUACACCCCCAUUUGGAUCAACUUUGUACCAUAAGAAGUCUUCGGUUAAAACAGAGAAUCUCGCUCCAGCAAGUAACUUGAUGAAGGAGUUUGAUGCUGUGGCAAAAGAAAGCACGAGUAGGCCGGACCAUAGUAUUCCUCAGCAUGGAGAAGCAUUCAACAAGAACUCAGCAGCGAUUGACCUAAGAGAAAAUGACAUCCCUUCAAAACCUAAAUUGCUACAAAGGCCUUCUAGGGGUCCUUUGGUGAAUAUCUCAAAUAACAUUGGAGCUGGAUCUGCAGAUAGAAACCAAAACUUUGGUCAGAAGAGGAAACCUGGAAGGGGAAGUUUUGUUUCUCCAUUUAAGAAGCCUCGAAUUGCCAAAAUUGUCACCCCUCUCAAAAGAAACGAUUCCGGUGCUUCUAAUGGAUUCUCAAAUUCAGCACCACAAUUACCCUCUCAAAAAGGAAAAGCUUCAGUUCGAUAUCCAUUCCAUGUUGCACGAUUGUAUAUGAAGGAGUAUCUUGGGGAUCCCCCAUCAUUCCAGAGCAAGCUAGAGAAUCUGCCAGAUGAAGUGAGAAGGAUGAAUCCAGAUAUUGCUGAAACUCAUGUGUUCAAUGAUAAAUCUUGCUCAGGUUGCAUUGGAGUAAAGUCUUUCUGGGAGAUGCUGUCUCAAUCAGGGGCUUCUAUGCAAUAUGUCUCUAAAGAGUGGGUUACAAAUCACUAUAAGUGGAUUGUUUGGAAACUUGCAUCUUAUGAGAGGUGUUAUAGUACCAAAUUUUCUGGGAAGCUUUUGACAAUCUGCAAUGUACUUGAAGAAUUAAAGUACAGAUAUGAAAGAGAAGUAAAUUAUGGUCAUCGAUCUGCAAUUAAGAGAAUUCUAGAAGGAGACGUCCCACCUUCUUCGAUGAUGGUGCUCUGCAUUUCCAAGGUCUAUUCAAUUUGCAACUCCCCAGUUGGACCUCAAUUUUCUUUGUCUGACACGACCGAAAAUGGAGCUUGUGCAAAAAUUGAACUGACAGAUGGGUGGUAUUCAAUUACUGCUGUCUUAGAUAUACUAUUAUCCAAGAAGUUGGCUGCUGGAAAGCUGUUUGUUGGCCAAAAGCUUAGGAUCUGGGGAGCUCGAUUCUGUGGCUGGACAGGUCCUGUUUCACCACUUGAGGUGUCAGGAACGACUAGUUUGCUACUGCAUAUAAAUGGGGCAUAUAGAGCUCAUUGGGCAUCUCGUUUGGGGUUAUGUAAAGGUGGUGCCAUUCCAUUAUCAUUUUUGUCAAUCAAGGAUGGUGGAGGUUCUGUUCCACUUACAUUGGUCGGAAUUUCAAGGAUAUAUCCUGUUCUCUACAGGGAAAGGUUAAGGAAUGGUGGUUUCGUUGUAAGAUCUGAAAGGAUGGAAGCUAAAGAGAUGCAGUCUUUUAAUCAAAGACGAUGUAGAGUUGUGGAGGGAAUAACCUCAGAAUCUCAAAGGGCAAAGAGAGAUGCGUACAUUGGAAGUGACCAUGAAAGUGAAGAAGGGGCAAGAAUUUUGAAGAUACUAGAGAGAGCUGCAGAACCAGAACUUCUGAUGGCAGAGAUGUCUAAAGAACAGUUGAAUGCAUUUGCAUCCUAUCAAGCAAAGUUGGAGGCAUCGAGGCAGUCUGACCUGCAGAAAUCUCUUGAAAAAGCUUUGCAAGCUGCUGGACUUGCUGAAAGAGACGUCACUCCUUUUAUGCGAGUUAGAGUUGUUGGAUUGACUAGCAAAAGUACUCCAUCGAAGUGCUGCCCACAGGAAGGCUUAAUUACAAUUUGGAAUCCAACUGAGAAACAGCAAUCCGAGCUUGCAGAGGGUCAAGCUUUUGCUGUUACAGGGCUUACACCGAUAAGCUCAGACUCGAGCACCCUUUAUUUGCAAGCAAAAGGGUCCACAGCCAAAUGGCGGCCUUUGUCUCCUAUGGAAAUUGAGGGUUUUGAGCCCUUUUUUUGUCCUCGCCGAUCAGUUCCAUUGAGUAAAUUGGGUGAAGUUCCUAUGUCCAGGGAGUUUGAUAUCGCUGCAGUGGUUGUUUUUGUGGGGCAGCUGUAUACAGAAGCUCAUCAAAGUAAGCAGUGGGUAUUUGUAGCUGAUGGAUCCACAUCUACGUGUGAUUCCAAUGAUGAAUCAGAAACCGUGAUGGCCACUAGCUUCACCUCACCAUGCGUAGAAACUGAUUCAUUUGCACCAAUAAACUCUAAUCUUGUAGGGUCUGUGGUUUCCUUUUGCAAUCUCAUCAAGAGAGCAAGAGAUAAUGUUAAUAACCUCUGGGUAGCUGAAGCAACAGAAAAUUCGACCUAUUAUUUAAAUUUUGAUCAUUCACAUUGUUCUCAUCUGAAAGAAGCCAGCGCUUCUGCUGAAAGAUGGGCAAAGAUUUCUGGUUCGAGACUUGAAAAGCUUAGGGGGAAAGUUCUAUCUAUAAUUAGCUGCCGCUGAACUUGAAGUUUGGUAAGUAAUUUCCCGAGGCUUGUAUCCUAGCUAAUGAAGAGGAUUAAGAUGUACUCCUUUAAGGGCUGCAACUUGAUGCCAUAUAUAGUGAGACCUAUUUAUAUAUGUCUAGUCUUCUGCAAACUUGAUGCACUGCGGAGAUAUCAGUCGGGUCACUACAAGGCAAAAUGAUCCUGCCAAUAUUAGGAUUUUGCUGUGGUUGAAUAGAAGUCCAGGAGUUGCUGUCACUAAAACAAACUGCCUUUUGUUUUAAUUAAGUUGGCUUCAACCAUUAGCAACUACUUUUGUUGGUUUUAGUUUCCGUCAUCUUAGCAUCAACUUUUCUGUCUCGCAUUAUGUGUUUAUGUGACUACAUUUCCCAUCAUGAAGGUUUAAUCUCUGUACCUAAUAUAUUUAGGGAGAAAGCUUGGUUUAACAUAGGAUUCGUACUCUUUUUUGGGUAAAUAGGCCAAAGGAAUUGUAGCAUUGGAGAGCAUGUUUGAAACUUUUUUAAUGAAUUAAUCAUGAUUUGGGUUAA